UCAUUGCCAGCAUUAAUCUCUAUCAUUCUACAAUGGCUCAGGCUCUUCAGGAGGAAUUUAAAGAAUAUGCAGAGAAGGCCAAGUCUCUGCCCUCGACAACAAAGGAUGCAGAUAAACUAGUACUCUACGGCCUAUACAAGCAAGCAACCAUCGGCUCCGUUAAUACUAAUCGACCUGGGUUCUUUAGCACAACUGAGAGGGCCAAAUGGGAUGCUUGGAAAGCAGUUGAAGGAAAGAUCCAAGAAGAAGCAAUUGCUGAAUACAUUGAAAAGGUGAAGCAGCUGCUUGCAGCUUCCACAUAAACCAUUGUUCAAUCUACAAAUGUAACAGAAUUUCCAUGCAUCGUUUCAUAAACAUUCAUAUGCAAAAUGUAAUAAAGAGGUUGCAAUCUUCAUUGCGUUGUAAGCCUAAAUUUCUGAACAGCAUUGGCUGUUGGAUGAAGUGAUCCUAAAUUUCAUAGAGGAAUGUGAUUAUUAUUGGACUUGUAAA